AUGCUUGCAAGUAUGGGCAAACUGAAAGCUUCACGUCUGGUCAGGAUCGUUACCGAUUCAUGUUUGCAGUUUUGGGGUGGUAAUGGAUACACGUGGGACAAUCUGAUCAGUCGUUAUCAUCGCGAUUUUCGAUUAUUCUCAAUCGCUGGUGGCUGCGAUGAAGUGAUGCUUAAUAUUAUUGCUAAACGCAUGGAUAUGAUUAAAUAA